AUUUGGAAAGUUAUUACUCAUAAUGGAAGCUUUGUUGGAAGGAAUGCAAAAAAAGGGAAAGACGGGGGCACUUUAUAGUUCCUGUGAAGCGGAGUUGCAAGAACUCAUGAGGCAGAUUGACAUCAUGUUGGAGCAUAAGAAGGCUGAGUGGGAAGCCCAUAAUGAGACCCUCAAUACACUUUUACAGCUCCGGGAGCAGGAAUUAAAUACCUCUAGAGCUCGAGAAGAACGACUGAGCCAGGAGGCAGGUGGGCUUCUUCCACACACCUUUAUGCUCAGCCCCAGGCAGGCUUAUGUGGCCAGAAACAUCAGGAAGGUGGCAUUGACUGGACAAGGCUUUUCUCAUGAGCAAUGUGUUGGACUGGCGGCACUUUAUAGUUCCUGUGAAGCGGAGUUGCAAGAACUCAUGAGGCAGAUUGACAUCAUGUUGGAGCAUAAGAAGGCUGAGUGGGAAGCCCAUAAUGAGACCCUCAAUACACUUUUACAGCUCCGGGAGCAGGAAUUAAAUACCUCUAGAGCUCGAGAAGAACGACUGAGCCAGGAGAUCAAGACUGUAAGAAAACAGCUGGCAGAGCAGGAGGAGAGCAAUCUCAAGAAGACCGCAGCCUACGAAUCUCAACUGACACAGUUUCAGGAAGAGCUUAAUAAACUGAAAAGGUCAUAUGAGAAGGUUCAGAGACGACACCAUAGGUUGGAGGUGAAAGGCAAAGCGGAAGAAGAGAAGUCCGAGGUCAGCCGGCUGACAAGAAGGCUGGAGGAAUUCCGCCAGAGGUCUCUGGACUGGGAGAAGCAGCGUCUUCUAUAUCAGCAGCAGCUGGCAGCAUUGGAAGCUCAGCGCAGGACACUGGGAGAACAGGCUGAAAUAUACCAGCAGCAAUCCCAAAGCCGUAAGCAGAUGCUGGAGCAAACCAGCUUGGCUGGCCGAUCAGAAGUCCAUCAUCUCAGUGGUCAGCUGUCACGUGCUAAUGAUAGCCUUUGUGCCAAAGAAGGGGAAGUAGAGAGUCUGAAGCAGCAGCUAGAGUCUUCAAGUGCUGGGCAGGAGAGAGCAGAGAAGGAACUGGAGCAGGCUCAGCACACCAUAAAGGUCCUCCAAGAGGAGAAAGCAGAGCUGCGGGUGACCAUACAAGCUCAGACUGACUUCCUGCAGGGCUCUAAAGCACAGAAGGAAGAGCUACACAGAGAGGUUUGCAGGGUGAACGAGACACUGAGAGAAAGGGAGAACAGCAUCAGAUCAUUAGAAGAAAGAUUGAAAGGAACCCGGCUCUCCGAUGGGCGUACGGAGGUGGAUGUACUGCGCUCUCAAUUGUCCAUUAGCCAUUUAAAUGAGCAGAGGCUACAGGAUGAAGUGAGCCGACUAGAAAGCCAUAUUGAAUCCGUGACACUCCAAUGCCAGAAGCUUGCUAAAGAGAUUAAGGAGAAGGCUGAAUCAAGGCAACUGCUAGAAGAAGAGCACAAGAAAUGCUGGACAGAAAUUAAGAAGUUGAAGAGUCAGCUCUCCCAGGCCGAACUGUCAUACAGCAGUGUUCUGGAUGGGAUGAAGAAGGAGAUCUCUCAGCUGACGCAAGAACUGCACCAGAGGGACAUCGUCUCCUCCAGCAAUACAGUCAAAGAUUGGGAGAGGAGGGUGCAGGUGGAGAAGGACAGAGCGGACAGGGAAGCUGCAGAGCGUAAGGUUUCACUGACAGCUCUGGAAAGUUUAAGAGAAGAGAACUGGCAUCUAAAAGAGAAGCUUGAAAAACAAGAGCCAGACGUCCUGCUGGCUUUGGAAAAUCUUGAGUGUGAGAACCGGAGACUACAGAAAGAAUUGUGCCAGACUCGGAAGGAUCUGGAGCAUGUUGUGCAGACACAAGAGUCUGAUAUCCAGACUGCAGUAGAUAGGAAGUCCCAGGUACUGCUGGACAAGCAUGAGGCAGAGCUGAAUACACUUAAUGAGCGGUUAAACGAGGUCUCUCGGCAGUAUGAGGAGCUCCUGUCUGCUCUCCAGCCUCAGCGAGAAUCUGCCUUCGUUCUGAAAGGUUUAAGCAGGACAAGUUCUCUGGAAUCGGUGUCCUCUGAGCACAGCAAAGGGGAUGUCCACACGGAUGAUGACUCCAACCGGUCGCAGCUCCCAAUGCCACCAUCGUCCCCAGCCAGCACAAUAGCUGCACGGUUCCUACAGGAGGAAGAGCUGCGAUCACAGGAUCUUUUUCAGCGACUGGAUUCUCAUAUUGAAGAGCUGAAACAAGAGAGUCACCGCACACUUCAACAUUUCACAAACACCAGGUAACAUGGUUUAGGGGAGCUGCCGCCUGUGGAAAGGCCACAAAGGACAUCGGAGCCAGUCCUGGUCACCAAAUGUGACUGGUG